CCGUCGACUCUUUUGAAUUUUGUUUGCUUUCGUAUGUCUGUUUGAUUUCUUCAUAGAGGCUCCAUGAAAGACGGCAGAGACGCAGCACUUUUCCUGAGAGAAUAAGUAAAUACCUUCCAGAGUGGUAUACUCCACGUAGUUGGCUUUUAAGGCUGAAAUCCCUUUUUGAGGAAAAGGGUCAGCCAAGAUGACGACUAACUUGGGUGUUAAGGCUCUCCUUAGCUGGGUCAACAGUAUGAAACUGUCCGACAGAAAAAUCAGUAUCGAGGAUUUGCAAGAUGGGGCAGUCUUACUGAGGCUUGUUGAUAUGCUGAAAAAGGAACCCAACUCCUAUCUUGCUGAGUCUGUUGAAGAUCGUUUCAGACUCAUUUCGGAUUUUGUGGAAAGGGAUUGCAGAUUUAGUGCAGCUAAAGGCACUUCUUUAUCCUGGGACAACAUAAGACACGGCAUCGACCUAACAGUAGAAAUUGCAAAGGUGCUUUUGCUGUUGGUGUACCAUGACAUGAUGAAUGACCGCUGCACACUUAACAUGUUGGAUUGCGAGGUGGAGCGAGAACUGGCAAACCUCACUAGUUCCUAUGUGAUGGAGAGUGAGGGCUGUGUUUAUCUGAGCAAUGGACUUGUUGCCUACUUGACAAGAAGAUAUUUGCCGGUCUCCCGCGACAUAUUUGAGCGAUCAGCAACUACCUCUACGUCCAAUCUGUCGUCGAUGUCCUCCUUCUCAGAUGAUGAUUCUCCUGUCUUCCGCCGCACACAGAAAAUUGCUUUUGUGGACAUGCAGACUGUGGCUUCUUCUUCAGUCAGUAAAUCUCCUCUGGAGGAUAUUAUGAACACACCCAAAUUUCAGAUAAGGAAAAUGCAACGACAGAUGAUCAAGGAGAGAGACUACAGGGAUGACCUAGAGAGGGAGUUGGCCACCAAAGUCACACUCAUUGCACAGAGGGAGUCUCAUAUUAACCAGUUGCAAUACCGACUGGAUAAGCUGAAAGAAGAGCGAGGAGAUCAGGAGCAAGCUAUCAGACAGCAAAUUAAUGAGCUUGAGACCAAGAAUGAGAGGUUACAAAUGCGUCUUAAUGAGAUGUUAAAGCAAAAUAAGGAUCUGAAGAGUACCACUUCAGUUCUAGAGCGUCAAGUGGAUGAGCUGGCAGAAGAAAAUGGCACACUUUCGUCUCGGAUGAGAGCAGUAUGUUCACAGUUGGCCAUUUUUGAGGCAGAAGUUGGCAGACUGACUGAAACCCAAGCAUCUGCUCAGGAGGAGUGGAUAAGCAAAGAAAGCCACCUACAGGCACAGCUCAACCAAGCAACUGCUCAGAAGGACAUCCUGGCUGAACAAAUUCAGAUCCUGCAAGGAAAAAUUUCCUGUUUGGAGGAUGAAAUUAAAAAAACUGCUAUGGAAGAAGCAGGAGAGAAUAUGGGGCCUGUGAUGGAGAGAGAAAUGUUGGAAAAUGAAAUCAGUGGUUUGAAGGAUGAAUUGGAGAGCACAUUAUGUUUCCUGAAAAAGGCAGAGGCGGAAAUUCAAGCAAAAACUCAGCAGCUGACUGAAUAUCAACAUGAAAUUUCCCAACAUAAAGAUCUCCUGGAGCAACAGAAGCGCCAAGCUGACGAAAUGAUUCAAGUCAGGGAUGAGCUUUUGGAGAAGUUGCAAAAGGAGCUAGCUGAACAGAGAGUCAUUUUACAGCAGGAAAUCCAGGAGCUUAAACUUAAGCUUCAGAUAGCUGAGCAGCAGAAAACUGAGGAAAUUAUCAAACUACAGCAACAUAUUGCUGCUUGUGAACAAGAAAUUGAAAAACUGAAGGAAAUAAAGAAAUCGAAGGAAGACCUUCUACAUCAGACUGAAGAAAGUGUGAAAGAUCUUGAGAUAAGAUUAUCUGUUGCUACUUCUCUGUUAACCGAGAAAGAGCAACAAAUUAAUGGCCUCAAAGAAGAAGUUGACCUUCUUACAGAUGAAACUAAAAAAGGCAAAGAUCAAAUUCAAGCCAAAGACGAAGAGCUUGCCAAGUUACUUCUGGAGAAAUCAAAUGAGCAAGAAAUUCUUCAGAAUAAAAUCCAGAACAUAACUGCCCAUGUGGAAGACCUUGGCACAUCUCUCAAGCAGGCUAGGCAGGAAAUUCAAAUUAAGCAGGACCUCCUAGCUAAAACUCAACAAGAGACUAUCCAACAAAGGGAGGUAUUUCAACAAGAGAUUUCAACCCAUGAAGCGGAAGUACAGAAACUAAAUGCAGAAAUACAGGUAAAAAAUGAGCAGCUUCUUAUGCUAAAGAACACCACCUCCCAACAGUCUGAAUCUCUGGGGCAAGAGAUUAACGAUUUAAACAGCCAAGUGGAAAGUCUGACUGAUUCUCUUGGAAAGGCUGAGGAACAAGUUCUUACUCAACAGGCUAUGCUUACACAACAGCAGCAGGAUAGUGCUUACCAGAAAGACCUUCUGCAGCAACAACUAUCUGCAUCUGAAGAGAUGAUAAGGAGCAUGAAGGAGGAGAUCCAGACAAAAGAGAAACAGUUGAACUUGUUGAAAAAUCAAAGUUCAGAACAGGAGGAAAUGCUACACCAAGAGAUAAAAGAAUUAAAUAAACAGGUGGAGGGCCUGGGUUCCUCACUGAAGUCUGCAGAGGAGAAUUUGCAGUCCAAGGAAAUUCUGUUGGCAGAACAACAUCUGCAGAGCACUCAGCAUAUAGAGGCACUCCGGAUGCAAAUGGUAGCAUCUGAAGCUGAGGUGAAGAGGCUAAAUAAGGAGAUUCAUACUAAGGAGGAACAGCUUGUUCAGCUCAAGACUGAGAUGUCCACACACGUUGCACAGCUACAGCAAGAGAUUGAUGGGCUGAACCAACAAAUAAAAAGUAUGGACACUUCUCUUGAGACAGCCAAGGAGCAAUGUCAAGCCAAAGAAGAUAUGAUAGCUAAGCAUGAGCAGGAAAGCAAUUUACAGAUUGAAGAACUUAGAAAUCACAGUGAAGUUCUUGAGAAGGAGGUGAAUCAGCUGAUGCUGCAGAUCCAGGCUAAACAGGAUGAGGUAGAUAUGUUGAAAGUUGACAGUUGCAAGGAGUCUGAGGUCCUGCAGAAUGAGAUUCAAACUCUCAGAGAUCAAGUACAGCAUUUGAAUAAAUCACUGAAGACUGCAACAGAGCAGGUUCAGGCCAAAGAAAACCUGCUGGCUCAAAGGGAGAGUGAAAUUUCUCAGGAAAAGGAAACCUUCAAAGACAUGAAGAUAAUGUCUGAAGAAGAGAGGGGAAAGCAGGAUGAGAUCCAGGCCAAAGAGGAACAACUGGGUCUAAAAAGGGAGAGCUCCACACACACUGACAUGCUACAGCAAGAGAUAAUUCUACUCACCUUGCUACAACAGCAGCAGAGUGCUACAGAAGACUUCUGCAGCACACAUCUGCAUCUGAAGAGAUAUAAGGAGCAUGAAGAGGAUCCAGACAAAGAGAACAGUGAACUGUUAAAAUCAAUUCGACAGGAGAAUACACCAAGAGAAAAGAAUUAAAUAAACAGGUGGAGCCUGGUUCCUCCUAGUCGCAGAGGAGAAUUUGCAGUCCAAGAAUCUGUUGGCAGAACAACACCAGAGCAUCAGAUAUAAGGCACUCGAUGCAAGGUAGCAUCUGAAGCUGAGGUGAAGAGGCUAAAUAAGGAGAUUCAUACUAAGGAGGAACAGCUUGUUCAGCUCAAGACUGAGAUGUCCACACACGUUGCACAGCUACAGCAAGAGAUUGAUGGGCUGAACCAACAAAUAAAAAGUAUGGACAGUUCUCUUGAGACAUCCAAGGAGCAGUGUCAAGCCAAAGAAGAUCUGAUGGCUAAACACAAGCAAGAAAGCAAUUUACAGAUUGAAGAACUUAGAGAUCACAGUGAAGUUCUUGAGAAGGAGGUGAAUCAGCUGAUGCUGCAGAUCCAGGCUAAACAGGAUGAGGUAGAUAUGUUGAAAGUUGACAGUUGCAAGGAGACUGAGGUCCUGCAGGAUGAGAUCCAAACUCUCAGAGAUCAAGUACAGCAUUUGAAUAAAUCACUGAAGACUGCAACAGAGCAGGUUCAGGCCAAAGAAAACCUGCUGGCUCAAAGGGAGAGUGAAAUUUCUCAGGAAAAGGAAACCCUUCAAAACAUGAAGAUAAUGUCUGAAGAAGAGAGGGGAAAGCUUAGGGAUGAGAUCCAGGCCAAAGAGGAACAACUGGCCAGUCUAAAAAGGGAGAGCUCCACACACACUGACAUGCUACAGCAAGAGAUCAAAAGUCUGAAAAGCCAACUAGAUCAUAUGGCUGACGCUCUCAAAACAGCUGAGGAAAAUGUUCAGACUCACCUUGCUUUGCUUAACAGGCAGGAGCAGGAAAGUGCUCAACAGAAGGAGCUUCUGCAGCAACAACUAUCUGCUUCUAAGGAAGAAGUAAGGACAAUGAAAAAUGAGAUCCAAACUAAAGAAGAACAGGUGGCUCUGCUAAAGACUGACAACAUAGAGCAGUCAGGCAUGCUACAUCAAGAGAUCCAAAGUUUAAAGAAACAAGUGGAGUCUCUUGAUUCCUCACUGAAGAAGGCCGGUGAGGAUAUACAAUCCAAGGAAUACAUGUUGUCACAGCAAUGGCAAGAAAAUGCUCAACAAAGGGAGGUACUCCAAAUCUUGCAGGAGAAAGUCCAACAAGUGGAGAUUCUACAGAAUCAGGUCAACUCUCGGGAAGAAGAGAUUAAAAAUCUUAAAGAAUCUCAGAGUGAGAAAGAAAGCCUCCUUCUCAAAGCUGAAGACAAGCUUCAGACCCUCCAGACAGAGUUGGUGGAUGCCAAGACACUCUUGGCUGAUAGAGACCAAAAUCUCAACACUCUGAGAGAAGAAGUCAUUGCGCAAGCUAACUUUCUACAAAAAGCAAAGGAGGAAGCUGAAGCCAGGGAACAAAAUCUGGCCGAGAUAAAGGACGCAGGAGCAAAACAAACAGAGGUCCUUCAACUUCAAAUCCAGAAUCUUAAGUUGGAAAUCGAGGCCAUUUCUCUUGAACUUGUGGCUAAAAAGCAGAAGUUACAUGAAAUACAAGAGGAGUCUGGUCAACAGAUGCACCUCCUCCAGCAGCAACUCGAGUCAGUAAAUGCAGACCUUAACCAACACAAAGAGACAAAAGCUGAAAACAUCAGGCUCAAAGAGGCUUUGUACGAGUUGAAGAUAAAUAAACUGACACUGGAGAAACAAGUUGAAACCAUUGUCUUUGAGAAGGAACAACUUGCCAAGGCACAUCAGGCCUUAGAGAAAGGGAACAAAGCAUCUUGUAAACUAGAAACUAUGCUGCAGCGGAAGCUGGAAAUAUUGAAAAUGGAGAAUGAUAAACUGUUGAAAGAAAUGGAGAAAUCCAAGGAAAUUGAGCUACUCAACAGAGACCUCCAGGAGCGGCUUUCAGCCAAGUCAGAGGCUGCAGAACACUACAAGAUUCAGAUGGAGAAGGCUGCUAGUCAUUACAACACCAAGAAGGAGCUUCUCCAGAAAAGCCAAGAGGAGGUGGAUGAACUCAAGCGAUUCUUAGAGGCUAAAGAGCGUGAAGUAAGGGACAUUAAUAGGGACAAAAAGAUACUCCAAUUUGAUCUGGACAAGGUCCAAGCCAAUGAGAAGAAACUUUCAAACAGAGUUGCCAGUUUGGAGGCACAGCUGGCUUGUGCUGACAAAAGCCUGCGUGUGCAGAAUAAGAUUUAUGGCAAUGGAGGAAGCACCUCGGGGUCUUGUUACUUUGAGGUUCCCAACACACGUUCAAGUAUUUACACUAAAGCCUCAGUGAAGAGGACCAUGAGCUCUGACAGCCUGGACCAAAGUUCUCUGGAAGAUUCUCUGAACAGCACAAGGAAACUUUCAGCACCUGAUGAAUCAAGCACACCACUUCACACCACACGCAGUUCAGAACGCUUGGCAGCCAAACGCCGGGGUCUACAGGCAGAAUCACUGGAGACUUUGUAUUUUACACCGAUAAACAGCAGACAGACCAACAGGACCAUUACAGAGAAUAAUAUGGAACUUGAUUCAGCCCGGAAAAAUCCAACUUCAUCUGUCAAACGCCGCAGGACCACACAAGUUAUAAACAUCACUAUGACCAAGAAAACUCCAGGCUGCAAUGAAGGUGAUGAGACUUUCUAUAGUUUGGCUUCAGCUCGCUCCCAACCAAACCUCUCCAGUGCCCACUCUGCACAACCUGUGUCCGUGGCGCUGUUUGACACACCUGCCAAGAUGUCCAGCUCUUCUAGCGACCAGCUUGCUGGGCUACCAGGGUUGAGACGCAGCACAAUCCAUUCACAGGCUACCAGGACAUUCUGUGUGGGAGCAGAGAACGAGCCUGACGGUGCUCCUGAUGAUUGGAUGAGGAUUGCUGAGCUCCAGAGCAGAAACAGGGCCUGCCUUCCUCAUCUAAAGAGCAGCUAUCCUGUGGAGUCUGAGACCGGUUGUGGCGGUGCAUUAGCAUUCACAGAUGAAGAACUUCGCACGGGUGACCCAUCUGACACUGUCCGUCGGGCAUCCAUGAUGCCAGGCCAGCUGCAAGACUCCCUUGUAUCUCACCGUCACUCCCUUAUGUUGGGACAAGCAGCCGGUUCUCGUUCUCACCGUCUGUCCUUGAUGCCAGGCCAACUAUCAUCCAAAACCAGCAGCUCCUCUCAGCUGAGAAGCCCAAAAGGGAUGAAACGAUCUACAUCCACACUCUCUGUUCAUCAAUAUUCACCUGAGACUAAGAUCAAGGCCAGCUGCUUCCCUCGGCCACUCACUCCCAAAAACAAGAACGUGAACACUAGGUCCUCCAGCUCUCAUCUUCACCCUACUCACAGUCCAGCUGCACAGAAACAGUCCAUGACAUUCACUAUUGAAAACACCCCGAACAACAAGGACAGCUUCCUGCACAAAAGGCUGAACAAGCUACGCAGUUCUUCCCGGAAAUCUCCAGGCAAGAGUACAAAGAAAUCUCCCGCUCACACAAGUGCUCGCAAAUGCCAGGAAAACAAGCCUCCCGGAAGUUCUCGUGCUGCAGUGGCACGAGCUGGCAGAGCUAGCAACUUUAAGUCACCACAGGUGUCAGCUAAGGGACUGAGGAAGUCUCCUCACGCCACCAGCAGGUCCGCAAAGUCUCCUGGACUGACAGCAAGUGCUCGCAAGAUGAUCAGAAAGAUGAAAAUCUGAGGCAUUUUUUUUGACCGUUUGGACUUGUCAUCGACACUUGAUGCUACUUCUCUCCCCCUUUUGAUGUUCUGUCCCUCAUCCUUCCUGCACACAAACAACUUAAUUUUUAUCUCUAUCAUUCUUAAUCUUUUAUCGUUUUAUUCUGUAUUUUAUUUACAUGUCUGUCAAUAAAAGAUUUAAAUUACA